ACACACACACACACUAAAAAUGGUAAUCAUGCAUACUUACAUCCAUACAAGUAGACAGAAGGACAGACAUAUAACAAGCAAAUACAAAAAUUCUGUAGAUAUUAUUCGUUAUUGUCUUUUCUUUAGAUCUCUGUUGAAGGUCAGUAUUUCAGUCGUGGUCUGCUAUGUGAGUUAGGCUCUUUGCAGUACUUUCUUGAUUGCGUCCCGACACCGAGGAGACAACAAGGAAUCGUUCUUCCUCGCAACCCUGAUGUGAUGAUUUCUAUCAACAAAAGUGACAGAGUCAAACCGUGAAGAUGGAGAACAACAGUCUCUUGAUGACUUUAUCUUAUAUCCAAAAGAAAUUACAUCAUCGAUUAUCUACAAAGAUUGCCAGUGAUAGUGCUACUGAUAUUAUUCUACAAGCACAGUCUGAUAGAGAUGCAACACGGUUGAGAUCCCUGCAAGGACGAGGGGCUGGUGCAUGGCUGGAUGUCAUCCCCACUUCUGCUAAGCACGCUUUAAAAACAAACGAAUUUUCUUUAGCGUCUUACCUGAGGUUGGGAGUGGCUCUACCUUUCACCAAUUGGAUUAAAAAGUGUGAUUGUGAUCAUGAUUUGGAUGAAUACGGAUACCAUCUUUUAACCUGUAAAUAUGGGGGUGGACCUGUGUGGUCACACAAUUCAGUCUUAAAUGGGUGGAGUGAGUGUCUGUCUGACCUUCACCUUCCCCAUCAAACAGAACCAAGACAUCAAUACAUCAAUACUGAAGACCGUGCAGUCAUUACAAUGUUUGAUCCAAAUACUGGACAGAAUUUAGAUAUUGAUGUGUCCCUGGCUCAUCCUUGGAGUCAGGACAUCAUUAGGAGGGCUAGCAAGGAAAAUGGUCAUGCUGCCGUGGCAAGAGAAGAAAAGAAAAUGAAAAAUAUUCAGAAGAGCUUGUUCCAGGAGGAUAUGUAUCAAGAUGUGUUCCUCUUGUGAUAGAACAUUUUGGGAGGUGGGGCACAAAGGCAGAGAAUUUUUUGCAGCAUUUGUCACAACAGUCAGCAAAUCCAGAAGCCAAUUUUAAUGCUUCCAUGUUCAUGUCGUAUUGGAGAAAAAGAUUUUCUACAAUUGUGCAAAGAUGCAAUGCCAAAGUUAUCGUUAGAAAACUUUCAAAACUGUCACCUAAUCAUGGUGAUUUAGAUAGAUUAUUUGAUUUUGACAUUCAAAGUCAAGUCCAUUAGUUAAUGAGUUUGUUGUUUGCAAGGACUGAUUUGUAUUUAAGAAAUCCUAGCAUAUGUACAAGUAGAAUGUGUAUGAGAAUUAAUUAUGUG